GGCCUUUUAAUCGUGUCAUGUACACACCCAGCUCCCUCUCUGCGUUUCUGGUUGUUAUUCUUGUUUCUUUUUGGUUUUUAGAGCCUAUAUAAGCUCUUUUUUUGUAUGUCAUUAUCUUCCAUUUCAUUCCAUUCUUCCUCCUAAAUUAAGAACCCACCAAAAGCUGUUUGUUUUUUUUUUCCUUGUUCUCUCUGUCUUUUCUUUUAGAGUCAUUCAGAAUCUGUUCCAGGAUGUUUUUUGAUCAAUAUCCAUGGAAUGGUUCUGAAGAAACUGCUGUUAAAUUCUAUGGGUUCUUUGGAUUUUAAUGGAGGAGAACUACCUAAGCUCCUUCCUUCAAACCCAGGCCUAUUAUUUUUGGGCAGUAAAAGAUUGCAGAAACAAGACGUGGGAGAUAGGAAUCAGAAUCCAGAUUUUUGGGACAACUGAAAUCAAGAUAUAUUCUACAUAUAAUUUUGUGGGUUAUUUCAGCGUAAAAAAAAUGAUUAUUAAGGACGAAGAAUGCGAUUUCUGAUCUGGGUUUUUGCUAGAAAGAAGAAAAAGCCAUUCAGAUUAUUGAUUAGGACAGCUGAGGAAGAAGAACUUUUGGUUUGAUUAUUGAAGCUGAUAAUGGAGGAGGCUGCAACAACUGGGCAGGAGCAGCAGCCUGCUCCUCCCAAGAAGAAGAUGACCAAACAGUUGACAGGAAAACGUGAUGAUACCCCUUUGCAUUCUGCGGCAAGACAAGGGGAUCUUGCUUUGGUUAUAGAAAUUCUUACCACCCCCGGAGAGGCCGAAUUGAAAGAACUGUUGGAGAAGCAGAAUCAGUCUGGUGAAACAGCACUAUAUGUUGCUGCAGAAUAUGGGGAUGUUAAUGUAGUCGGGGAGAUGAUAAAAUAUUAUGAUCUAGUUGAUGCUGGGAUCAAAGCUAGAAAUGGUUUUGAUGCUUUCCACAUUGCUGCCAAACAAGGAGAUUUAUAGGUUUUGAAAGUGUUAAUGGAGGUUCAUCCUGAGUUAGCGAUGACUGUUGAUUUAUCCAAUACAACUGCUUUGCACACGGCUGCAAUGCAAGGUCAUAUAGAGGUGACAAAUUUUCUUUUGGAGGCAGGAAGUAGCUUGGCCACCAUAGCCAGAAGUAAUGGCAAAACAGCAUUGCAUUCCGCGGCAAGAAAUGGGCAUGUUGAGGUUGUGAAGGCUCUUUUGGCUGCGGAGCCUGGGAUUACAACAAGGACUGACAAGAAGGGGCAGACUGCACUUCACAUGGCUGUCAAGGGUCAGAAUAUUGAGGUUGUGGAGGAACUGAUUAAGGCAGAUCCUUCAUCGGUAAACAUGAUUGAUACAAAGGGAAAUACAGCUUUACAUAUUGCAACUCGGAAGGGCAGAUCACAGAUUGUUAAAUUGCUACUUGCAAAUAGUGACACCAACACAAAAGCUGUUAACCGGACUGGUGAAACAGCCAUUGACACUGCUGAGAAAACAGGGAACCCAGAAGUAGCUGCCAUACUGCAGCAACAUGGAGUUCAAAGUGCCAAAGCCAUCAAACCUCCGGUGACAAACCCAGCCCGGGAACUAAAGCAAACUGUUAGUGACAUAAAGCAUGAAGUCCAUUACCAACUAGAACACACUCGCCAGACCAGAAAGCGCGUCCAAGGCAUUGCCAAACGCCUGAACAAAAUGCACUAUGAAGGCCUCAACAAUGCAAUCAACUCCACAACUGUUGUUGCCGUCUUGAUUGCCACAGUUGCCUUCGCUGCAAUUUUCACUGUGCCUGGCCAAUACGUUGAUGACCCAAAUAACAUCCCUCCCGGACAUACCUUAGGGGAAGCCAACAUUGCUGCGAAAGCUCCUUUUAUAAUCUUCUUCAUCUUUGAUUCCAUUGCCCUUUUCAUUUCCCUAGCUGUUGUGGUGGUACAAACCUCAGUCGUAAUCAUAGAGAACAAAGCGAAGAAGCAGAUGAUGGCGGUGAUUAACAAGCUCAUGUGGCUGGCCUGUGUGCUUGUUUCAGUUGCAUUUUUGGCACUGUCAUUCGUCGUGGUGGGCGAGGAUCAGAAAUGGCUCGCGAUUGGAGUCACGGUGAUUGGAGCUUUCAUAAUGGUUACCACAUUAGGCACCAUGUCUUAUUGGGUUAUUAGGCACCGGAUUGAAGCUUCCAAUGCAAGGAGCAUCAGAAAAUCAUCAAUGGGCAGUAGGUCAAGAUCCUGGACAGUUUCAGCAAUAUCAGAUACUGAGGUCUUAAACAAUGAGUAUAAGAAAAUGUAUGCCAUUUGAGACUCCCCUACACGCCAGAUUCUUUUUUUUUUUUUUUCGACAUAAGGUGUAUGGUAACUUCCAAAUGUAUAUCUCUUCAUGAGUCGAUCAUAGUUUUGGCAUUUUAUAUAAUCCUCCAAAAGUUUCGGUUUUUACCCAAAACGGUUUCCUUCAAUCUAGGAUUGGCCUGGCAUUCUUAAGACCUCACAUUGUCAUGUGUAAGAGAUAUUCAGGCUUCAAAGAGAUUUCUUGAGAACA